AAUUGGCUGUGAGUUGUUUAUGAUUCAGACGCAGUCUAUUCAACUUGCAGGGGAAUUAUACACUAGCUCAAAGGUUAUUUUGGUGCAGCGAUACAACAAAUUCAGAAAGGUAAAAAAGCGAAAAUUAGCCGCAGAAAAAUGGUGAUAAUUGGUCCAUUGGUGAAUCCCGAAGAGGGUUUAGUCAAGAAAUUGGAAAAUGUCGAAAUGAAAAUCAAUCAAACACAAAUGAAUGCCGGAACACUGUACAUCACAGAAAAUUAUUUGCGUUGGCAGGAAACGGGUCGUGAAGAAGGCAUUUCGAUAGCAUGGCAAAGUAUAACGUUGCAUGCAAUCUCAAGUGUACCGGUCAAGUGUAUUUAUAUUAUGCUCGAUGUGCACAUCGACUAUCCACCGUCACAAGGCAACGGGCGAUUUCAUGCAAACAACGGCAACGAUGAACGAAUGGCCCAGGAUGGUGACAACGACGAAGAUGAUGAUGAUGAAGGCACAUGUGAAGAUGAAGAGCCACGAAUGACCGAAAUCUGGUACACACCACAUGAUGAAAAUCGAAUCGAAGAAAUCUUCGAAGCAAUGAAACAUUGCCAAAGUUUACAUCCCGAUCCAAAUGACAGUUUCUCUGAAGAAGAAGACGAAUUCAUAAUGGCUGAGGAGAACAAUCAUGCAGCUGAUGAUGACAUCGAUCAAGAGGAUAUCCGAAAUUUGCACAUCGAUGACGAUGAACGUUUCGCUGAUGCAGAGGAGGAAUAGACGGCACAUUCGACACCAUCAAUAGAGAUAUGGUUAUUUUCCAGUCUCAUUACAAAAAAAAAAAACAUGAACAGGAUGGUGUCGUUGAAAAGCAAUUGGGCCGCUAAACGAAUUUUGCAUUUUCAAUACAAUCUAAUUUUACUUGCUGGAUAAUUUUAAUUUCUCUUUUAAUUUGCACCGUACGGAUGGUCGUACCUAAAAUUUUAAGCUCUGAUAUGAAAAAAGAAAAGCAAAAAAUUUUACGUUGUAAGCAUUGAAUUAAACAAAAAAUGGGUUAAAAAUAAAAUUGAAGCAUAGAAUGCGCGGAAAAUA